AUGGAGGGAAGCAGAUCAGAAACUUCUGCAGCUGAUGUGAGUGAGGAGGUAACUUAUACAUCUGUCAAAUUCUCUCAGGCUUCUCCACCAAGGGCCAAAGCUUCACAGAAAAAAAGAGCUCCCCGUGUGUGGUCAGCAGUUGUGCUGGGCUUGACUAUAAGCUUUGGGAUACUGAGCAUCUCCCUAGCGAUUGCUUUGGUUUGGAAGAUGAGUGACUCCUACCCACGCUGCCCUGAAGAGUGGGUGGCCUACAGAGGGAGCUGCUACUCCUUCUCCAAGGAGGAGAAGGACUGGAAUUCCAGCCAGCUAUCCUGCUGGUCACAGGGAGCUCACCUCCUGGUCAUCAGUGAUACCUGGGAAAUGGAUCUGUUCAAGCGUAUUCAAACAGAACGUUUCUGGAUUGGACUGAGGAACAGCACAACCUCUGGAUGGAUUUGGGCAGAUGGCUCUGUAUCCAAUUACACCAAGGUCCUCUUUAACAGCCGCGUGCAACACUGUGCUGUCCUGAUGAAAGGUCAAUUUCGUGCCUCCAGCUGUGAAUUUCGUGCUCCAUGGAUCUGUGAGAAAUCUCUUAGAUAAAUCCUAUGUUCAUUUUCAUCUCAUAACGAUCUCAUCAGUGGUAUGAAUUGAUCAUUGUCCUGCAAACCAAGGCUUCACACAAGAGCAAGGACUUGCCUUUUCCAUACCAACAUAAAGGUGUUUUACAAGGACGGGUUUGUUGCCCAUAAAUGUGAGUUAUCCUCAGUGGUAGAUCUGUUCUCAGUCCACAUGUGUUAGAUUGCUGCUGUUUGUGACCAGAUGAGACCUCAGACGUAUUCUCGGCCUAGUCUUUCCCUAUUUGUCCUAUAAGAGCAAACAAAAGCUUUGUCACAACAGGUGUCUUCAGAUCUUUUAUGGUGAGCUAUUCAUUUUCCUUCAAUUUUGAGCAUCAGAUUUCACUUCCAUUCCCUGCA